UGAAUGAUAGUGACAUAUUACUUAUUUUUGAUUUAAAAAUAACCAAAUAAAAUCAAAAUUUGAUUCUCUCUCUCUCUAUUCACGUUAAAAUUAAAACUGAGUAAGCAAACCAUAUCUUAUGGCAUUAUGGCGUGAAUUUAUGUGAUCAAAAUCUGAUUCUCUCUCUUUGAUUUAAAAAUAACCGAAAUCACGUUAAAAUGUGAUUUAAAAAUAAGCAAAAUCUGAUUCUCUCUCUCUCUAUUCACGUUUAUGGCGUGAUUUUAUGUGAUAUUAUGGUUGUUGGGUGCAUUUACACCAACUCAAACACUUGUUAAGGAAACAACCUUAAAUUCACGAAAUUAAAUGCUCCGUACACGGCUGCUGUGGGUAGUUAAUGAAGGAUACCAACCAAAUGUUCAUUCAUCAGACAUUUGAACAAGAAAGAAGAAGAAAAUCCUCUCAAUACACAUACACGACUCAUACACGGUUGCUCAAAAAUUCAAAAAAAAAUCAUCUAAAGGCUUGUAUUACAUAAGAUGUCGUUUCAAGCAAUCGUUAUACGGCACAGUGGUCAGUGGAAAUUAACCGAGUAUGAAGGAGGCGAUGAGGUUGUCGUGUACAUGUCUAAGGAAGACCUUUGUCAUGCGAAGUUGAUGCAAGAGGUGCACGAUCAAUUAAACGAGGAUGGUCGAUCCACUUAUAUGCUUUUCUAUACAUCGACCACGGACGAAGGGCGAAGAAUAAAAGUGGCUUUGAAGACUGAUUCGGAUUUGAACCGACUGAUUUCCGAGCAUAAGAAAUAUCCCGUUGUUUACGUGAUCGAGAAGGGCAAACAAUCUGCGGCUCCGGUUCCUCAGACUCAAGAGCGGGUAUAUUAUGAGGGACAUCGGUCUACUGUGUUUCCUAUCGAGACGGACGUUGGAAGAAGUAUCCCUACACACGAUGAUAGUAGGGACGAUUCAUCGUCGCAGGAGGAGGAAGACGAGUCCGAGUCUUCGGAUGAGGAAGAAGAGGCGAUACGACGCAGAGAGAUAUUGGAUUCAGUGUCGACUGAACAGGAAGCGUGGAGACAGACAGGGCCUCAGAAUUUCACAUCGGAUGAUUAGCCCGAUGUCGAGCCUCGUGUUGGAGUUCAGCAGCUUGAGGCACGUGACUGGGGGAUUCCAGUCCUCGAUUUUGAUGAUGCGCCGGCAUUAGGUUGGGAGGAUUCUAACGUAUUGGAGAGCGGGAUAUUAUCAGUGGGGGCUCUAUUCCGGUCGAAGGAUGAUUUGGCAAUCGCUGUUGGCCUGUACCAUAUGGAGAAUCACGUGGAGUACGUCGUGCAUC